CUCGUCUAACUACAACAACUUGUCUUGCAACGGGUCGUGUCAAUGCAAAUAGAUUUUAAUGUAGGCCGUGCUCUUGGUCACACAAAUAUGUAUGCUAUUAUGCCUUCACGUUGGAAGCCUAGAAUAGUGGGUCGUUGAAAAGCAGGACCAAGAAAAGGCACCCGUCUCGCUCGCCACUACAGUGUCCAGGCUGCCCUGCUACAGUACCUGACUGACGGGCCUCGUGGAUGGGGGCUGGGGGCUGCAGGGCUGGGCUAGGCGCUGGGACAGGACCAGGGAUCUGAAGCCAGACGCAGGAUGGCCUCUGAGGGGACUGCAGCAGAGAAGAGAGCCAACCUGGUGGCCUCCAGGCCCCUGUGGAGCAACAUGGAGUUGUGCCCGUCAGAGUCGUCUCUGACACAGGGACAACACAGAGCUGGAGACAGUACCCAGGAUAGUGUGAGAGACUGGCUCACCACCGUCAAUGAAGUGGAUCCAAAACCAGAACAGAGCAGACAAGCUGCAGAGUCCCUGAAGAGGAAUGCCAGCAGUGAGGAUGACUUAGCGUUGGGUGUGGAAGCUUCUUUAUAUGGUAAACACGGAGUGAGGACUGUCCAGGAAUUUCUGCGGUCAACCCGGCCAGAUCUCAGCAGGUGGAACAGCGUCACCUCAGCCCUCUCCACCCAGUCAUCUCCUCUCAGUGUGAUGGACGUGCUCAACCUGUGGAAGGACGACCCAGAGGAGGUGUUGUUCGAUCUGGGCUUCGGCAGCGACGAGCCCGACCUGUCCGGUCGCAUCCCGGCCCGCUUCAUCAACCACCAGUCGCACGCCCGCGGGAUCAACGUCCAGGUUCUCCUGGAGGCGCAGAAGAACCGCCUGGACAUCGAGAACCCAGACGUCAGCAACCGCUUCAGACAGUUAGAGGUGCUACAGCAGGUGACCACAGCCUUCUCCACCCUGGUCGGAGGCCCUGCCCCCUCCGCUUCCCCCCACGCCGGAGCACCAUCUCCAGGGAGAGACCUCUCCGCCGAAGCCAGGGAGAGGAGGAGGCGGAUGGGUAUGCUCUUCCGCAAGGCCUCCAGGAGAAGCCUUGGCCAAACCCAGACCUUCCAGGAACAACCCCCUGCCUCUAGCCCCUCUGACCAGCCAGAGGAGCCCCCGUCCAGCAUCCCUGACAAACCCGCCACCCUGAGGAGAACCAGGCUUGUCAUCCAGGAGAGUAUCUGCUUGUCCCCCCUGGCGGAGGAGCAAGGAACGCUGCUGGACUCCCUAGAGGCCCCUGCGGUAGAAGCACGACUGGGACUGGGGAAAGAGAUCCAGGCUGUGACCUCCAGUGCUGCCCUAGCUAGGAAGAGGAGCCCUGGGCAGGCCAGAGAGUCGUUUGAAAUGGAAGAGAUUCACAGUUUUGAUGAUGGCAGUAUCGCUGGUAGCUAUUCAGGAACUGGGGACAACACAGCCCAGGCUGUGAUGAGGACCAACAGCUGCCAGUCUGACAGCAGUGGCUUCCUGGAAGAGCCCUUCAUCCCCAGCCUACACAGCCUGCAGCUCUCGCCUGGGCCUGGGCCUGAACAUGGGCUCUGGCCCAGGUAUGGGCCUUGGCCUGGGUCUGGAACAGGGUUAGGAUCUGGGCCUGGGCUUGAGUCUGGUUCUGUCCAUGGUAUUGGCACUGAGCACUUGAAGGCUCUGUCUGGGGGCAGCAUUGACAGUCAGGUGACUGUCAAAGAGGCUUCCCUGGACCGCUCCUGUCCCGCCUCCCCCCCUCCCUCCUCUACCUCCUUAUCCAAUCCCCCCUCUCCUUCCUCCCCUACCUCCUUAUCCAAUCCCCCGUCUCCUUCCUCCCCUACCUCCUUAUCCAAUCCCCCCUCUCCUUCCUCCCCUACCUCCUUAUCCAAUCCCCCCUCUCCUUCCUCCCCUACCUCCUUAUCCAAUCCCCCCUCUCCUUCCUCCCCUACCUCCUUAUCCAAUCUCCCCUCUCCUUCCUCCCCUACCUCCUUAUCCAAUCUCCCCUCUCCUUCCUCCCCUCCAUCCCCCUCCUCUUCCUCCCAUUUUCCCUUGUUCACAUCCCCGUUUCCCAAUCCCUCCUCUACGGUUUUCCCCUCCUCUCUUCACUUCUCCUCCUCCUCCUCUGCCUACGAUAUAUCUGCUACCCUUCUCUUCUCUCCUACCUCCGCCGCCUGUUACUCCAUCUAUCCUUCCUCUCCCUACCCCUCCUCUCCCGCCUCCCCCUCUUGUCUCUCCGCAAGUCUCCCAGGUUCAGCCUCACCUCUGGAGAGACCAGCAUCACCUGUAGAACGACAAGAUUUACAUGUAGAAAGACCAGUUUCACCUCUAGAAAGACCCGAUUCGGUUCUCGAAAGACCAGUCUCGCCUUUUGAGAGACCCAACCUGCUCUUUGAGAGACCCAACUCCACCUUAGGAAGACCAGACUCCUCAGGAAGGACACCAGAGACACCAGCAGAGCGGGAUGUUAUCUCUGACAAAGCCAUGGGAACGGCUCCAAGCCUAAUGGAGGAUGUCUUCUCUGGGGAAGAUGGAAAGUUCUCAGACUGUGGGAUAUCUUGUCAUAAUAACCCAGACUUGUCUUUCCGAGACGUUCGUAAACGAGACACAGACCACUUCACUCUGGGCGUUGCGGGAAGCCGAGAGGGGGAGGAGGAGGGGGAGAGUGAAAAGGGGAGAGAGUGA